AUAUGUCACCAUAUGACAAGAGGUAUGCUGAUGUGAGGAUUAAUGGUCAAACAUCAGUGUCUGUUACAAUUGCUCUUGAAGAAGGUUGCUAUUGUUGUAAUACUGAGCAUCAUCUUGGCUGGAGCUGCUUUAGGUGAUAGAAUUGUUAGGAAAUUUGUUUUCCCGAAACAAGAUGGUACUAAGCAUGCUGGGGUCGCUAAGUUUGUGAUACUGAAAUGGGGAAUGCGCAUCAUAGGAUCCGCCUUCAUUUUUCAGAGCACUACUGAUCCGCCUUUGGCAAAUGGAGCCUUGGUCUCGUUUGCAGCUGCUUAUCUUAUUAUAAAGUGUAUUCACACAUGGCAUGAAGGUUCAGUGAAUGGUAAUCCCCUUCAGCAGUGGAAGAGAGGAAUAGAUGGUAGUGACAGCUUCAUGGAAGGGCACGUGUAUUUCUCAAGCUUUUACAACAACAGAAAGAGGUUAACAGAGAAUGACCGGGUUGAGUCAACUCGAAAAUUCACUGAUCAAGCUUUAGCAGAUUUGAUAGCAUCUCCAGCUUUCAGUGCCUGGUUUAUUGCGAAUGCGGACAGGAUACGAGUUGAUCCACAUGAACCAGCCAAGAAUCUCAACAAGUUAAGAGCAUUAAAGGAGCUUUCUUCUAUGGCCAUGGCCUAUUGGAGGAGAGUCAUAAAUCUAAGUAUGAGCAAAACAAAUACUUUGAUUGGAAUAAUUACAGAUCGUGCGAUUUGGUCUGGAGGGUAAAACCAGUACAACAUGGUUGACAUUCUAAUCCAGCAUGACCUUAAUCUCACUGCAGAAGUCUCCAGAUUCCAAAAAUACUCUGAAACUUCUUAUCUACUCUACACUUGAUGCUCCACCACUCCCUUUGAAGAUGGGUUCAUGGAUUGAGGCGAUUCUUGUAUUUUAAGAUUAGUGUACAGGUUUUUGUUCUAAUUUGUAUCUGCAUAAGUCAUCAUUUUGGGUUGAAUAGAGGGAAAUAGUUCAGCAUUUACUUGCUCAAUUUUAUUUAGUUGUUGGUUAUGUUGGUCUGGGUGUGUGACAGAGAUUCUUCUGUAGUGUACAAUGUGAUCAAAUGCACCAAGAACCACCCACACAACCACCUGUAUCUUCCGUGACCACUAUGUUCACAACUUAGUUGCCGUCUGUCACCGUCUAUUGUUGAACACCUCCAUUGUUUACAAUCUUGCUGCUCAUGCAUCUGCACCACAUAAGGUUGACGAGAUGAUGUAACUGUCUGAGAAAAGGUUGGGUUUUGAAGGAAGGGGAAUGACACUGAGAAUGUGUUUCUGGGUUUGGGAAUAUAUAUAUUAUUAUUGGAAUGGCAGAGCUAGAGACGCAUUUUUGAGUUGUAUUUUGGAGGGGAAAGGAAACCACACAUUUCAAUAUGUAGUGUAUAUUGUAAUUGUGUAUAUUGUAAUUGUGUAAGCUGUGUUUGAGAUCCAGGGCCUUGAUUAUAUAUUUUCUUAACCAAAAUAAAAUAAAUAUAAUUUAGAUUUAAA